CGUCGGGCGCCGAGAGUAUGGCGGAGCCGGUGCUGCUCAGCUACCACGACUCGGUGCUGCACGAGUCAGACGGCGAGCUGCUACAGGGGCCGCACUGGCUCAAUGACAAGCUGAUCCAGUUCUACCUCAACUACCUGGAGCACGCCGCGUUCCCCGCCGCCGGGCUGGCGUUCGUCGGGCCGGAUGUGACGCAGUUCGCGCGGCUCUGCGCCGAGAGCGAGCUGGCCGCCUUCCUGGCGCCGCUGCGGCUGGCCGAGCGGCGCGCCGCGCUCUUCAUCAUCAACGACUGCGAGCGGCCCGACGCGCCCGGCGGCACGCACUGGAGCCUGCUGGUGACCGUCGGCCGCCGCUGCCUGCACUACGAUUCGCUCGCCUACGGCAACCAGCGCGAGGCGCGGCGCAUGGCGCGCCGUCUGGCGCCGCUACUCGGCCUCUCCGGCAAGGUGGAGGAGGCCGCCUGCGGCUGCCAGCGCAACGGUUACGACUGCGGCGUGUUCGCGCUCUGCCACGCCGAGGAGGUGGCGCGUCGGCUGAGCGGCGGCAGCGACCUGCGGCACGUGCCCGUCAGCCAGGAGCGCGUCGACGAGAUGCGCGCGGACAUGCUGCGCCUCAUCCGGAGCCUGGCCGCGAGGUGAGGCGGCGCGGGAGCGCAGCGCGUGUGCGGCAGAGAGGCGUUGGCAAGCGGAGACGCGGACCGGACGGGCGGCUGGGCGUGGCGUGUGUGUGCCGACCGCGGUGAGCUGCUGACCGGCAUGAUGACUUGUUUUGUGUCCGGCGAAUGCUGGAUGGUCGCCUCCAGGAGAGGCUCUCCCUGGUCAAGAGUCGGCUGCUGGCGAACGGCGGUGGUGCCGUUGCCCCCGGCAGACUACUGCCAAAUACUCAGUACUCAACCUGGCCUGGGCGCCGCUUGCUGUGCAACUGCAGGCUGGUUCAUUUUGUGAAUAAAAGGCUGUAGUUGGGUGUUCUGUA